UGAAACUGUUCAGCAACAAGCCCUAAGAAAAUUGUUAGGGAAUGCCGGACGAGGAGGGAGACGGAGACGGCGGCGCAACGGCCGCUGUAAGAAAGCCUAGCCUCCGAGAUGAUUCAAGCGAGGGUGUAGAUUUAAUCAGCGCGCUGCCUGAUGAGAUCCUCCAAACUAUACUCUCCUCUCUUCCGACAAAAUUGGCCAUCCGUACUUCGAUCUUGUCAAAACGAUGGAGGCAUGUACGGUGCGGUACACCAUGUCUCAACUUCGAAUGGUGUGGGGAAAGCUACCUGUUGGCCGAACAUAUCAACGAAACCUUAGCUCGCUACAAGGCUCGCAAGAUGGUGAGUUUCCACCUCUGUCUUAAUGGGUAUAAGAAUUCUCCUUACAUUGAAAGUUGGAUCGAAUUCGCCAAGUCCCGAAACGUAGAGAAUAUGACGCUGGAUUUAGGUGCACAUGCUCUUGCUGAGUAUACUGUGCCUGAUUCCUUCUACAUCAAUCCCUCUGUCAAGCAACUCACCCUUCGUUUAGCGUUUCAAGAUAAGAUGAUUCCCCGUAGCUCCGUAUGUUGGACAUCCCUCAAGGAGCUCGUCUUGCGUAAGUGCAUCCUCUUUGACGGAUCUACUAUGCAUAAGAUUCUAUCUGGUUGUCCCGUGCUCGAAAGCUUAACGCUGCGUCUGUGCCGUUUCUAUAAGCUCAAGGUUCUUGAUCUCAGCAAAUCGCUGUGUUUGACAACAUUAGAAAUCUAUAGCAACGUUUGGGUCGCGGAGCAAGUACAGAUUGUAGCACCACAUAUCCAUAGUCUCAGUCUGACCGUCCCUCCCUACUGGCCAUGUAAUUUAGUCGAUGUCUCGUCUCUAACGGAAGCUAGACUAGACAUUGUCUAUGACUCAGAUGAAGGAUUUUAUGCUGAUUUUGAUAAACACUUUGCUCAAAACAUGAUAGAGAAGCUGCAGAAUGUCGAGAAGCUUACCUUUGGGGAAAACUUUAUCAAGAUUUUAUCUGUUGUCCAGCUUCGUCGUGUUUCUCUUCCGUUGUUCAGAUGCAAAGUUUUGACAUUUGAGACAAUGAUUUCUCAAUAUGUAAUUCCUGGUAUAGUAAAGUUGCUACAAGUCUCACGUAUGCUAAAGAAGCUAACCGUGCACGUAAAGGAUGAGGUCCCCAUCUUACCGGACGGUUAUUUUGACUACUACUUGCAAUGUCAUGGCUCGAAAACUGAUAAAACCUGGAGCUCGGAAGCGAGGGCCUUUAAGAACAUUAUCCGCAAGAAUGUUGAGUCGACGCACAUGGCUUCUUUCAUGGAACUUGUGCUUAAAAGCACAAAUACUUUAGAGAAUAUGGUUGUAAGGUUUGGAAGUUGUCUUGACGAACAAAAGUUUGAAGAGUUGCUUGAGAUGGUUCCAGUGCUGCUUUCGCACUAUAACAGUAACGUCUCCAUUGUGCUUGGCUCAACCACCAAGUCGGAUCAAAGGUUUUUUCUUUGAAUGAAAGUUUAGAUCAAAAUAAAGGUUGAAUUGUUGUAAUUUUAUUUAUAUUGGAUUGGUGUUUGUGUUUUUUUUUUUUUUGUGAUUAUGAACAUUACUGUAUCUUCUUAGUAGUUUGGAUUUGUUUGUAAUAAGGAUUUGGUUUGGGACGAAAAA